CUCGAAAUUGAUGAGCGAAGAUGAGAAUGAAAUCUUACUCAGAUUAUUAAUAAUAAUUUAAUUGUUUUCGUAAUUAAAUUUAUCAUCAGUUUAGUUUUUUUUUAAUUAAAGUGUUUUAAUGAAUUAAAUUUUUCCUGUUUGGUCAAUUCUCGUUUUGAAUCAUCAAAAAGUAACAUAAUUUUUAGAUUGACUGAUGAUCUUUGUUAUGGAUUAUUUGUUAUUGUCUUGGUGAUCCGAAUGUUAUUCAAAUUAUCAAUUAAUAUAUAUGAAUUUGUUGAACAAUUAAUAGUACAAUAGUUGUAAAUUGUUAAAAUCUAAUGUGAUUGUUAACCUUUUGAUCAUCUGUAACCUUUUCUAAUUGUUUCUCUUGGUCCAAUUUUCCUUGUUACCCUUUGAUUGUCAAAGGACAAAAUUAAGAUGCUAUUGUUUUGUUGCUCUUCAUUCACAGAAUAAUUUUGUUGUAAAUGUAUUUUAUUGAGAAAUUGUGAUUUAAAUCAAUGGGAAACACUUAGAAUCUCUUGUUUUUGUUGAUCAGAUUCCAAAUCUUUUUGUAAACAUCUAUGGAUAAUUUAAAAGUGGCCGAGAAAAAAAAAUCUCUAAUGGAAAAGGUCAAUCCUGUUCCAGGUAUCGGGAUAAUUAUGGCGAUGAUCUCUGGUGUUUUUCUAGCCACUGGGAGUUUAACUGUUAAACUAAUCACAUCUCUUUCUGGAAUCGAAAUUGUUGUUGCUCGGGCGAUAUUUAUGAUCUCCGUUAUUUCCUUGAUAAUUUUACACCAAAAGGAUUCGUUGAUUCCUCCAGUGGGUGAACGGUUUCCGUUGAUAUUAAGAUCGAUACUUGGAUGUGGUUCGCUAAUUUUAUCUUACUCAUCGAUUAAAUUGAUUCCUCUUGGUGAUUCCCAGUCGAUUGUAUUUUCAUCGCCAGUGUUUAUCUCGAUACUUGGAUGUUUACUUCUUAACGAGCCCUGCGGUGUUGUCCAAAUAAUCGCCGUUUGUGCAACCAUAUUAGGAAUUUUUCUAAUUUCAAGGCCAAGUUUCAUAUUCCCCCAUGACGGUAUUCCAAUCAGUCCAGCAUCAGAUCGAACCAUUGGUAUUACGAUGGCUUUGUGCGCUUGUAUUGGUGCAUCUCUUUGUUUCAUUUGCAUUCGAAGGUUACAAAAAACCUCGACAUCCGUUGUCGUCUUUUGGUACUCAUUCUUUUGCGUUAUCGGCGGUCUAACGGUCUCUUAUAUAAAUGGUACACUUGCCUUACCUGCGAAACCAAUUGAAUAUGGUUACCUGUUCAUCUGUGGAUUAGCUGGUCUUAUUGGCCAAGGUUUACUUACCUUUGCACUAAAGAUUGAACAUGCUGGACCCGUUUCAUUGGCUCGAGCCACUGAGAUUAUCAUGGCUUUUAGUUAUCAGGUCAUUAUCGUUGGUGAAAGUGUUUCAAUCUAUUCAAUUAUCGGUGCUACAAUCAUCGGAUGCAGUGUUAUCCUUGUAGCUUUUCAUAAAUGGUAUUUAAAUGACCAACUGAGAUUUAAACGUAUCUUUUGUUGUCAAAAGCAACAAUCAGCUGAGAGUCAGUUUGAUUCAUGUUGAUCAAUUUUAUUAUUUAGAGAACAAAAAAAAAGUUAUUUUAGUUUAUUGAAUCAACUACAUUCUAAUGAUCAUAAGUCAGUUUUGUGCCUUAUAUCAUAUUCACAACUGACCAUCAAAUCUCAAUCAAAGAUCUCAACUCGACAAUUAAUUUAGUGAGAAAGUAUUUAUUUUUCUUUCAUCAAUGUUAUGUUUACUUUUAAUGGACAAAUAGUAUUGUCUCUCUCCUUGUAAUUACUAAAAACUCUUAAAAACCCACAUGUAAACGUAAUUAUCUUUUAUAAAUGAAAAUAGAAUUAAAAUAAAAAGUGAAAUAA